UACUCUUUAGUACGUGCGAAGGAUGUAUUCAUCAUUGGAAAAGUAUCAGGGAUUCAACAGAUUGAAAUAACGGCGUUUCCUUCGAACGACGUCCUUCUCUGAGAUCUUUCUCGAGACAUGAAGAACACAUGAAAAUUAGCGAAACACACUUGCGUGGGAAAGUUUUGCGGUUCUUAGAUCCGUUACAUGAAUGCCAAGGAUGAGUCCUCUUCAGGUCUGGAAAGCUCAAAUGAGGACAAGGACAAGAAAGAAAAUAUUAAGAACGAGAAUGAAAAUCUCGGAGAGGAGAAGGUGACAAAGAUCGAUGCGGCUGAUUGUAAUACUAAACUUCUUGAAGAAGACCUAAACUGCCCGGAGAAUAAAAACUGCCCGGAGGACAAAAACUGCCUGGAAAAUAAAAACUGCCCGGAGUCAUCUUUAGAACUGCCUUUAGAGCCAACUCUUCACGAAAGAUUCGUGCGUAUCAGGCAAACCGUGAAGGACGCAAUAGCUGCCCAUCAUACUUUUAUGAUUUAUGGCAAGUCACGGAUCAUUCGCGAUUGCAUGCUGAAGCGAGGAUGGUGCGAGAAAUUUUAUCGCAGAAACAACGGCGGUAAUAAAUCACGUACAACUUCUAAUAUACCACCCUGUUCUUUUUUCAACGCGAAAUGCAACGUUCUCCUAUCUCGCAACUUUACAUCCUCGAAGAUAACGAUGAUUUCAGCCGAUCAGUACUGCAGCGUCGAUUCCAGUCCGGUGUUUCUACUGGCUGGUAUCGGCGAUCUGAAGGACCAGCAAAACGAACGUCUGCUGAUAUCGAAGAUGCUCGCCAAUCACACCGUCGACUUCCUGUGGAACACCGGGUCCGACUGGCCCGGAUGGCCCGCUCAAGAUAACAAAACUACUGUGUUCAAUCGAUACUGUCGUGCUGGCUUUACGUCCAAGGUGGGCUUGUGUUCAAGCGUCAGGCAAAUGCACUGGUAUUACGAACCUGGAGUAGCUAAUACUCUGUUUCCGCGCUGCUACAACAUAUGCCAGAGCGAUCAAAUGCACGCCUUCGUCGAGGACUUUCGACUCACAGGCUGUCUGGGUCUCUUGAAGUGGUUGGUGGCCAAGGUCAAUGCCGAGGACGAAGACGCUGUACGUUCGCCAACCGGCACAGUACCCCUCAAGGCCCUCGACUUCGCGAUCAAGAGAUGUAACGACUAUAUCAGCGCCCAGUCACACGAGGAUAUCGAUCAGGAGGCUGAGAGAGUCUGGUCUCAUCAGUGGGACCAAUUUAUCAGCUGGUACUACCAGAUCGUUCGCGGUCAAGCUCUCUUUGUUCGUACCAACGUGUCCUUCAACAAAUACGUUCUGGCCUCAAAGCACAUAUUAAAGAAGAUGAGGAAAUAUUGGCCGCAGAUAGACAUGGACGGUAUAAUGAACGUGUGGAUUCUGAAGCCCGGGAACAAAAGCCGGGGACGCGGUAUCGUUCUGAUGAAUAAGCUGGAGGACGUGGUGGCAAAAGUAAAUCCCACUGGCAAACCGGACACGCGAUAUGUCGUGCAGAAGUAUAUCGAACGGCCGUUACUGAUUCACAACACAAAAUUCGAUAUAAGGCAAUGGUUCAUCGUGACGUGCGCCCAACCUUUAACCCUCUGGAUGUACAGAGAAAGCUAUCUUCGUUUUUGCUCACAAAAAUUCAAUUUGGAUGACUUCCACGAGUCGAUUCACUUGUGCAAUCACGCAAUUCAAUGCAAAUACAAUAACUGCGGCGACAGGGAUCCUGCCCUACCCGCGGACAAUAUGUGGGACGCCACCACAUUCAAAGAGUUUCUCAGAUCCCAAGGUCACAGUAAUGCGUGGGACGAUAUGAUCUAUCCUGGAAUGAAACAAGGCUUGGUGGGCUCGUUAUUGGCUAACCAAGAAGCUAUGGACCGACGUAAAAACAGUUUCGAACUAUAUGGCGCUGAUUUUAUGGUCAUGGAGGAUUUUUCCGUGUGGCUGAUUGAGAUCAACAGUCAUCCGGAUAUGAGUUACUCCACCAGCGUUACCAAGCGAUUGUGUCAACAAGUGAUGGAGGACACUCUUAAAGUCGUGAUCGACUUUCGAGAAGAUAAAAAUGCGGAUACCGGAGAUUUUGAGUUAGCGUAUAGGCAGAGAAUAUCGAGCUGUCAACCAUACUUGGGCACAGCUCUAUCGCUCCAGGGUACUCGUAUUGCCACCUGCGAGAAGAAAUCGAGCUUGCAUCAGGAUUCCAAAAUCAGUCUAGUCGCGAAGUCUCCAAUGACGAAAAAGAAAUCGGUAAUACAUAAUAUUGGGCCAGUGAUCGUUGAUCUCAUCGAAAAACUGGAAAUCCAAUUAGAUCAGGAAUUGUAUUCUUAUUACAAUCCGGACUCGCCCAAAUCAAGACCGGCACUUCCAGCAACUGCACCGGUGAAGCCUUCGAAAACGUCGAUUUCCGAUGAGAAAACGGAAACUGUGACAAAGAGCAUCUCAGCGAAUACAACAACGUCUGUUAACAAGCCAAAAUCAUCAACUCCACCCAGAACUAAUAUCCAGAAUCACGCUAAACUUUCAAGUAACAGAAAGAAAUCUCUGCAUAAACCAGUACGAAAGUCACGCACGUUCACCGGUAUUGCAAGCGAUAAACUGGACGCGUCUCCGAAACAAACGUUGAUUUCGAAGAUUAUGGCUCUUCAAGAGCAAUCGGCGAACAAGACUCCAAAAUCAUCCGAGAAAUCUUUGAGGAAAAAUGAAGAAAAGAUCGUCAAGACUGCGAUGCGAGACGCCGCGAAAAAGUACAAAAGAAAUGUGACUAAUCGGCCGGAAGCACCAUCGUUGCCGUCCUUACUUACGCCAACAGUCAAAGUCGCCCCCGCGUCAACGAACAAAAGCAAGAAUCGUGGCGUUCCGAAUAAGCAAGCGCACCAUAAAAAGAAUAAAGUUCUAACAAAUGUCGCCGAUAUGUACGCUAUCGGUUUGAGCCUGACCAAAUAAUCGAACAGCCUGUCAGUCAGUCCCACUCGUUGCUUGUUAUUUUCUCCUUUACUGUUGAUCGAUUUUUCUCCAAUUCUAUCUACAAGUGAUAUAUGUAUACAAUAAAUAAAUGUUACAAUUAUA